ACUGUCAACAGGCGUCCCCGGCGAAGCGGUUCAGUGUUGCACUCCGCGUAUUGCUUUAAUUACCCUUACUUCCCCCACGCGGCGCCCCCAGCAAACCAGGCCCAGCACGCAGCGAGGAGCACCAGGGAGGGGAAGAGGUGUGACGGCAGCGGUGGUGGUGGCGGUGGUGACAUGCUAGGAAGCGUGCGGGGUGGACGAGGCAAUAUGAGGGGCCGAGCGACCUUCCGAGGGGGCCGGGGCAGGCAGUCCUCCAUGAGCAUGCGCAGGCGGGGCAGCCGGGGCCAGGGGCGGGGCGGGGCGGCAGCAGCGGUGAGGAGCAAAGCCGUGUCAAAGCAGAAGGACCCUUGCAGUGUGUACAUCAGCUUCAUCAACCCCAUCGAGGCUGUGUGUGCUGCCCAGCUGCUCUCUGUGGCGAAGGAGGCAGCUGCUUCUGUCAAGUUUGGCCGGCACUGCUACCUAACCUUUGCUACAGAGUCAGAAGCCAGUGCCAGUCUCUCCAAGGCCUCUGAGGUUGAGUUUGGUGGGCAGAAGGCCUACGUCGACCAUGCCUACAAGUCCCAGAGCGCGAAGGCGGCAGGCAAGCGGGGUGCCGAGGUGAAUGUGCAAGCCUCCCCUACAAAGAAAAUGAAGAGCAAUACGGGUGGACCAGUGGAGAAGGAGGGUGCGGAGAAGGUGGAGACCAUGGAGGAAGAGGAAGAAGAGGAGGAGGAAGAGGAAGAGGCUGCUGAGGUGGAGGAUGGAGGCAAGGAGGAAGAGGAGGAGGAGGAAGAGGACAUGGGAGAGACUUAUGCUGAGGAGGCUGCUUAGAGAGAGAGAGAGAGAGAGAGAGAGAGAGAGAGAGAGAGAGAGAGAGAGAGAGAGAGAGAGAGAGAGAGAGAGAGAGAGAGAGAGAGAGAGAGAGAGAGAGAGAGAGAGAGAGAGAGAGAGAGAGAGAGAGUUUGUGCAAGUACAUUCGUGAAGUUUCAUAAAGAUAACAAUUUUUUUAAGUACUUUUCUCUAAAUAAAGUUAAGGUAACACUCAGGAA